CCACGCGUCUUAAUCCUGAUCACUCCCUCAAGAAUAGGAGGCAAUAAUAGAGCGAAUCUGUCAGAGAGUACUCCACCACGAGCUGCCAAAGCACGCUCAGUCAAUCGUCAAUCUCCAGCCCCUGACAAAACCAUGUGAUCCGUCCUCCUUUCCCUCCCCCACUGGCUUCGUCGUCCUCUGUCUACUCCUCUUUAACUGGCUUCUACGUGUCUUUUUUUUACUGGCUUAUUUGUACCCAGCUACAUCAUGGACUCCCCUCGGCCAAUCCUCACUCGACAGCUCCGUCCUUGCCUACGUGAGACCGAAGCUAGCUCUCGCAGAUGGAUUUGAUCAGACGCUUGCUUUUUCCCCGAAAAGACGGAAAAAGCCCCUUUCCAGCUCGCUCUGUCAGUCCACUAACACCAGUUACACUAAGUCAGUACAGCAAACGCACUAGCAAUAGCAGUAACCAGUACAAUGGGUCCCAGCUUUGGCCGUUCUAGGCUGAAGGAGGCCUUUCAGGUCUUUAUCGCGUCUUGCCGGGCUUCUGGGAAUAUAUAGAUUCUGUAAUUAGUCAAUACUGGUAAGCCUAAGUAGAGGAAGGUCUCGAGUUAUCGCUACGCCCCUAAGCUAAGCUAAUAAGAUCUUUUGUCGAUACUUGAUCACCAGUUAAAUAGAAAAAUGAAAUAUAGAAAAGAAAUCGUAAGUUUAAGCGCUAAACUCCGCCUCUUUGCACUAAUAGGAUUCUAAACCUUCUAAGAAAGAUUCCGAUGCCAUUCUAAUAUGUCAAUAGCUCCUAAAUCAAUGGAAUUCAAAGGCACUAAGGAAGGCAGGAAUGGGAUAAGGUUAAGUCAUUAAUGAAUGGACUGAUGGAAGGGGGCGUCGUAGCGAGAAGACCAAUCCAAUCUCGAUGAUAAAAGAAUAAGCAACUAGUCCUAUGUCCCCAGGAGCAAGUUUUCUGGAAGGAUACCAGGAAAGGCCUCCAACAGGCUCCCUACCAUCGGUCUUCUCGCUUAAUCAGUACAAGAUUUGCGUUCUCCCUUCUUCCGUGGGUGGGUAUAGCGCUUUCCUUCCUCUAGUUCGAGAGUUGCAGAAGCAAGAAAGAAGCUUCCAUUAGCAUUAGUACAUUUUUUUUUAUCAGUCCGCAAGCUUCCAAUUUGAACUAGCAAGAUAUACACGAUGACAAGGAGCGUAGCGAAUUGCAUGAAAGAAAGCCUUGAAGAGGACAAGCUCUUUCCUUGCUA